GAUCGAUAAGCGCUAGGAGUCAAAACAAGGUUAGAUUUCUUUCCUGCACCAAGCCCCGCCAGCCGCCGACCUUGACACCAAACUCUCCCCGCCAGAGCUCCCGGUUCCGCCCAAGCCAGCGACAUCGGACGUCUCAGAGAAAGGGACCUAGCAGGCCGGCAGGACGGAUGGCUGCCACGUCUCCAACCAACGGAAGUCACCUCUCUGGCUUCGGAUCGCCUACUACGCCCCAUCAUGGCGUGAAGCGAUCCCAGUCAUCCGCCGGCUUCGAAAGCUCGCCCGGAAGCAACCAUGACGAGGAUGACGGCCACGGUGCCUCCAAGAAAGCUGCUCAGAAGCGCGCAUGCAACGAAUGCAGGCAGCAGAAGCUCAAGUGCGAUGUGGUCCAGGAUCCCUUCACACCAUGCUCGCGCUGCCGGAAGCAGAACCUGACCUGCCAGGUCUCGGCCAACUUCAAGCGCAUCGGAAAGCGUAGCAGACAUGCCGAGAUGGAGCGAGAGGCCAUCGACCUCAAGUCGCGCGUCAGGGAGCUGGAACAGAGCGAGGCGGCCCUCAAGCAGCAGCUGGCAUCGGCGGGAAUGACUCCUUCGGCCAACUUCCCCAUCCACAAUUCCAACGGCCUGCCCACCGACUCGAACCAAUCGACCCUUUUCAACAGCUUCCUCGCCGGUGGACAACAGUACACGGGCGGCACUCAUGAUGAGGCAGUGUCGUCCCUGGUGAGCCUGAAACAAGGCGGUUUCAACACAUCACCGGCCUUUGACAACAACAACCGUAGCCACACCCACCAUUUGGGACAGGUCUAUCUGGGCACCGAGCAGGUCGAGGAAUUGUUCCACGAGUAUUUCACACACUACCACCCGUUCCUGCCGUUGCUCGAUCCUGAGCAGAGCCCUGAGGCGUAUAUGACUCAGGCCAGGAUCCUUUUCUGGACUAUAAUAAUAGUCGCAGCUAGGCAUUACCAGAGGGACAACACGCUGCUAUCGAAGCUCACGCCGGCAUACAGGGCUUUGCUGUGGACGACGAUUUCCGAAGUCCCGCAAUCCUAUCACAUCGUGAAGGCUCUGUGCCUCCUUUGCACGUGGCCACUUCCAGCAAGCAGCACUACCAUUGACGAAACUUUCAUACUCGCAGGGGUAAUGAUGCAGGUCGCCAUGCACCAUGGUCUACAUCAACCGUCUCACGCCCAGGACUUCUCCCGUACCCAUGUUCAGCUCAGGGAUGAAGACAUCAAGGACCGCUUGUCUACCUGGGCGGUGUGCAAUAUUGUUGCUCACUGUGUCUCUGUAGCGACUGGACAGCCGUCAACGACCCUUUUUGAUUCGGCCCUAUCCUUUGAGCACGACCAUAUGGACCGGCUUCCGGAAUCCUUGGUGAACCAUGUCAUGCUUGAACGCUCUGCCGCCAGGAUUACCAAGGCCUUGUACAGCGACUCGGGUAGUCGGUCAUUCUACGACGACAAGUCUCUUCUCAUCAACUAUGAGACCACAAAUCUGAAUGACCUUGAACAACGGUUGCGGCAUUCGACAUUCACUGGUCUCGACCUCCUGCAUCUUCGCGCCAUCCGUUUGAAUCUUCAACUGUACGCCUUCUUCAACAAACAGGAACAUGGCUGGCAUAUGGACCUCCUUAAUCUCCUCAUGGCCGCGAACGAAUUCCUGGCAUCCAUAUUCUUCCUUGAAGAGACUAGCCAACUCCUCUACACGACAAACUACAUUUCGCAGAUGAUGGUCGCAGCGGGCUUUACGCUCAACCGCCUGCUCAACUCCAACUUCGCCAACACGAUACCGCAAGUGCAGCUGUCAAGCUCACGCAUGAACUUCUCCCGCCUCAUCACCUGCAUCCGACAGACGUCAGUGCGGAACAACGACCUCCCGCAGCGACUGGCCGAAGUACUGGCCCAGCUGUGGAAGGCAGGCGGCGCGGGCAACCCCAAGAUUACCGACGCAGACACGUUCCGUAUUGGUCAUGUCGGCCCUUCGGUCGACGUCAGCAUCCACCUCAAGGUGCGCUGCCGGAUGUCCAUGUCCGUCGUUUUCGACAGCCUGUGGCACUGGCGCGAGCAGUUCCGCGGCAAGGGCACGCGCGGUAACCUCGACGCCGCGGUCAACAAUCCCACCGACCCGGAGACGAGCAGCAGCACGACGCCGGCGCCGCCGCACCGCGGGGCCACCACUGCGGCGGCGGCAACGGGCAGCGGAAGCAACAGCAUCCCGAACAGCAGCGCCGGUGGGCCGGUGGAGGCAGCGGCGUCUGCUGUCACGACGCUGGAUCCGAAUCUCCCGACGCUGAGCCUGCCGACGAUGACGGGGAGCAUGAGCUUGACGAGCGGGCUGAGCACGGCGGGGCACGAUAUGGGUCCUUUCGCGGACUACACGAGCGACUUCUUCGACCCGAUGAGCUCGAUCUUGAAUGAUCCGAUCUUCUUCUCCUCCAGCUCGGCAUACUUCUGAGCUGAGCAGUGAUCGAGCGAGUUAGCGGGCAGGCAGGCGCUCUUUCUUG